UGGGUUCCCGGCGCCCGGGAACCCCUGCUGUCUCGCUGGCAGCCGCAACAGCCCGACGUCGAGAAAGGGAGCCGGGUGACCGCGCCCGCCCGGCUGCGCUGCCUGCCGCCCCCGACCCUGCAGCCCGGACUCGAUGGAGAGCACAGAUUGCUCGUCCACUUGCGGGUCCCGCGCGGUGCCGCCGAGCGCUGCGCUUUUUCCGUGUCGGCGGCUGCGCAGGGCGGCGUGCGCUCCACCGGCAACGCGCCGGCCGGCGGAGAGGGAGGGACGCGCGCCUCGCUGUCCCCGCUGAUCUGCCGGGUUCGGAGGAGGCGAGGUCUCACUGCACAGAGCGCUGAGUUCUGCACCUCGUGGAGCUCAGAAAGUUCAAGAAAGAAUCCAUUCCUACGUAUGGUCAUGUGGCUCUUUAAAGCAAUGUCCCAUCAUGUGUCAUGCUGGUGAUGUCACAGGAAGCAAAGAAGUCAAUGGUAGCAAUAGCCAGCCUACAGAAGGUCAUGAAGUACUCUGGAUGGAUGGCUGCUGGAAACCCAUUGCCAUAGCCAGCUCUUCUUCGAUACUUAAGGAGUUACCCUGCCAUUGAGUAAUGAGAAUUUCGAAACCAUAUUUGAGAAGUUCUUCUAUCCAUUGCUACUUGUGUUUACUUCUGAACAGUCAUUUUUUAACUGAGGCUGGCAUUCAUGUCUUCAUUUUGGGCUGUAUCAGUGCGGGUCUUCCUAAAACAGAAGCAAACUGGCAGCAUGUAAUAAGUGAUCUGAAAAGAAUUGAAAAUCUUAUUCAAUCUAUACAUAUGGAUGCCACUUUAUAUACUGAAAGUGAUGCUCAUCCCAGUUGCAAAGUAACAGCGAUGAAGUGCUUUCUCCUGGAGUUACGUGUUAUUUUGCACGAGUCCAGGGAUAUGGACAUUACUGAUACAGUAGAAAACCUUCUCAUCCUCGCAAACAGCAGUUUGUCUUCUAUAGAGCAUAAAACUGAAUCAGGAUGCAAAGAAUGUGAGGAGCUGGAGGAAAAAAACAUUCACGAAUUUUUGAAGAGUUUUGUACAUAUUGUGCAAAUGUUCAUCAACCCUUCUUGAUUGCGGCUGAUCCUUUUCAGCAUUUCUAUUAUUAACAAGCAUCUUCCCACCGCUUAGAGGCAACAAAACACUCAGCGUUUCCAAUAUGCUGCCAAAACAAGCUCUUCUAGCAAGAAAACGGUCGAGAGCUUGGAUCAGGACUCUUAGAAAUGAAGGCAGAAAGAUGGCGUUGCGUAACCUGACGUCUAUGAACUGUCUUUGGACUUAUUUUGUUCAUAUGUUUAAUUUAUUAUUAAAGUUGUACAUAUUUGUAGCAUAAUGUAAAAUGUUGAAUAAAACUGUAUACAUAUUUUAUCCUUUGAAA